AUGAAGUUUCUCAACUUGCUGUUCUUGGUAAUUAACUUAUUGUUAGUUACAUCCGCUUGGAAAAUUAAUGAUGUUGAGCGCAAAGUAGAUAUUUCUACUCAAAUUGUGAAAGUGACUUCUGUUGUUACCUUUGAAAAUGAUAACGCUGACGCAAAUAGUUUGUUCGUUUUGUUGACGUCUGAGGAGGAAGACCACUUGGCUUUCUUAGAAGUAAACGAAGACGGCAAGAGAGGAAAGUUGAAAGUAUCAGCUGAUGCUUCUGCUUCCAAGGAAGGAUUCAAAGCUUAUAAAGUAGAUCUCAGCGCUAAAGUCGCAAAAGGAAAAACUAUCAAGCUGAAAGUUGACUACAGACUAAUCGAAGCAUUAGUUCCUUUCCCAGCCAAAAUUGCUCAAUCAGAUUCUCAAUUUGUACAAUAUCACGGUAGUGCUCAUUAUGCUGCUGCCUACCCUGUUCAAAAAGAGAAAACUACUAUCAAAUUGGCAUCCGGCAAAGCUUUAUCUGUAACAUCUGUGAAUCCUUCCAAGCAAGAAGGUGAUGUUGUUACUUAUGGUCCUUACGCAAGUCAACCUGCUUAUAACAAAAAACCUAUCACUGUUCACUAUGAGAACAACUAUCCCUUCGUUGUUGCUACUCUCGUAGAGCGCUCCAUCGAAAUUUCACACUGGGGAGGAAACAUCGCUGUUGAAGAUUACAUUGAACUUGUACACAAGGGAGCAGAAUUGAAGGGAUCAUUUUCCCGUCUCGAGUUCCAAAUGGACAGAAGAGGAAAGCGUCAACCAGCUCUUCAGCGAUUCUUAACUGUACUCCCUGGAACAGCUAAAGACAUUUACUACCGUGAUGAAAUUGGUAAUAUUUCGACCUCCGGUGUUCGUCUUCGAGCUGAUAGUGUGGAAGUUGAUGUCAGACCCAGAUAUCCUCUUUUCGGAGGAUGGAAAACUUCUUAUGUCAUUGGAUAUAACCUUCCUUCAUCCGAAUAUCUCUAUCAUAAGGGGAACAACUAUGCCUUAAAAAUGAAAGUCUUCGAUCACAUCUUUGACAACAUUGCUGUUGAGAAGUUGACUACAAAGGUUAUCCUUCCUGAAUUAGCUGCAAAGGUUAAGGUAUCCACACCAUAUUCUAUGGAUCGCAAACCUGAUGAGCUCCGUGCUACUUAUUUGGACACUGUUGGAAGAACCGUAGUUGUCUUGCAGAAGGAAAGUCUUGUAGAUGACCACAUUCAAUCAUUCACCCUUACAUACGAGUUUGACUCUGUGUCACUUCUUCGUGAGCCUCUGAUGGCUUCUGUUUUCUUCUUCUGUCUUUUUAUUGUUGUUAUAAUUUAUGUUCGUUUGGAUUUCACUAUCGUUGCCGAUCCUGAAAAAGAUAUCAAAGAGAAGAUCCGUGGAAUUGUGAGCGUUCUUGAUUCUUUGAUUGACAAAAAACAACACUUGUAUACUGUGUUCAUCAACGACACCAAUGAAUUCAAAUCUACUGGGGAUGAAGAAAUAUUGAAGAACGCCAAAAAAGCUCUCGACACCAACAGAAAUUCUGUGAACGGUCAAAUUCAAUCUACACUGAACUCCUUGAAAGCCUUGAGCGAAUCUACUUAUGAAAAGGCUACUGAUCUUCUCCGAUAUGACAAGAUUGUUUUGGAUAAUGUCGAUGGAUACUUAAGCGUCUUGGUGAAAAGUCAACAAAAAUCAGGAGUCGAAGACGUUGUUUUGAAGAAGGUAUCCGAUGCUAGAAUCAGAGCCGAUGCUAUACUUUCUUCCCUCUAA